UUUGCCAGUGUUACAAGUGUAUUUACUUACUUAUUAAGUAUUUACUUGAUGCCGAGCUUAUUACAUACAGCAUACAAAAAACCACAACAAAGUGCAUUUUUACGUAAAUCGGCGGUCAGAAUUGUAUUGUAAAGCUGCAGCAAAAUGAAGAAACAAUUUGCAAAAAUUAAAAUUGCUGCAGAAAAUUUAUCUAGAUCAACAAAAUCAGACUGCAAAGAUUCUGAACUUGAGACAAUAGAGAAACAAGUGGACAGAUAUCGUGAUACCAUCGAGAAGAUUGUGCGAAAAUUACCAGCUUUAAGUAGCGGAAGCAGCAGUAGCAGUAGUAGCAAUGGCCAAGUUAGCAACGAGGAACAUGACAAGCGGAUUAAGAAGAAUAGUCACUACAAGAUUGCACAAGCGUUGGAUGAAUCCGCCAGGGAAUUGCCCAAGGAUAUGCCACUGCAGAAAGUCCUAUCGAAUUGCGGCGAACUGGAGAAGACUAUUGCCGAAUGCAGCAUCGAGAGCGAACUGGAAACGGAGACCAAAGUUGUGCGGCGUUUAAAAAACAUCUUAGAUAAAGAAAUACAAGAGAUCUCAACAUUAAAGCGUAAUGUGUCCCGCACACUCCAGGAAUACACCUCACUCAAACGCAGUCAUGAGGCUGCCAUUCGGUUGGAGGAACCCGCCGCUAAGGUGAACAACAUAAAGAGCCAACAGGAGGAGUGCGAACUGAAGCUGGAAAAGGAGCGAGAUGCCUGGGCGGCCCAAAUGCUGGAACUGAUUGCCAAAGAGGAUGAGAUUGUCAACUGCAUUCGCGACUAUGUGCUCAACCAAAGAAACUAUCAUGAGCGGGCACUGCAGCAUGUGAAUGCCUCUCUGGCGCGCAUCCAGGAUACCAUUCAGAGCACAGAGAAGUCCCGCUUUGGCACCUCACUCAAGGAACAUCUGUCAUCGAAUCAUCGCGAUAUUUCCUACAUUGUGGAACUUUGUUGCUGUUGUCUGCUGGAGCAUGGACUCGAGGAGGAGGGUUUGCUGCGAGUGGGAUGUGCGAGCACCAAGCUUAGGCGGAUGAAGCAUGCACUGGAGGCGCAGCAUGUGAAGACGCCGCUGCCACUAGAAUAUCAGGAUCCACAUGUCAUUGGCUCCAUAUUAAAAUUAUAUCUCAGGGAAUUGCCGGAACCGUUGCUGACGUACGCGUUAUACAAGGAUUUUAUAAAGAUAGCCGAACGACACACCGAAGCGGAGCGGAAGACCGAGAUUAAAGCAAUACUGGGUAAACUGCCCAAGGAGAAUUACGCCAAUCUUCGCUACCUCACAAAAUUCCUGGCGCUGUUGCAGCAACGAGCUGUGCAUAACAAGAUGAACUCCCAGAACCUAGCCAUUGUCAUGUCGCCCAACAUGCUUUGGCCACGCGUUGAUAAGAGUAGCAAUGCCGCCGCUGAUUAUAUUGGCCAGGUGAACAGCUCAUCGGCAGCCAACAUCAUUGUGGAGCUGUUGAUUAGCCAAUGGGAUUAUUUCUUCGACGGAGAAGUUGAAUUUUAUUUGACCCUGCAACGUCAAAAACUUUUUGUCGAAGGCAAAAGCAAAUCGAAUUCCUCGAAUGAGCAUUUGGACAAACAUGAAAGUGAAGUCAUUGAGAGUCCGCGCUAUGGAACACUGCGUCGCCAGAAGCCUAAUGCACCUUCGCCACCUACCAAGAACGAAGCAACAACCAAUGGAGGUGGUUCAACUAAUCAUUCGCACUCGACUAGGCCUCAUGCUAAGGAGUUAUUCCCUCAGCAGCCGUCGCAGCAGCAAGAUGACAAGCUGGAAAAACAAGAGAAACCCGCCAAGCCACCGCUUCCCAACUUAGCGCAGUUUCAACAGCCUGCUGUACAGUCUGCCGUCAGCCAGCCGACGCACACGCAACUAGAACCGCUGCCGCCGCCUCCGGUGACACCGGCCAAGCCUGUGCCGAUGACGCGGACACAAUUCUUUGGUUUGGACAAUCUGCCGUCUCCCACAGCUGAUCGCAGAAGCAUCGAUAGCAUUGGUAGCUUUAGAUUGAAGCCGGAUUUACCACAGAAGCCGCAGCUACCGAAGCGCCCCACGGCGCUAGGCGUAGGCGGUGGAAAUGGAGUUGGCUAUAAAAGCGAUAGCAAGAGUGACGACGAAAGCAUCACGCCUACACAGGCCCACAUCGAUAAUGGCAAUAGCACUGUACGUUUUACAACUGAGAAGUUCAUCGACCAGCUGCGGCAGGAGAAUUGUUAUACUAAUGGAACGCGAGAAGAACCGACAACUAAUCCUACAGCAACAACUUCAACACCAACAACAAGCACAACAACUGUUACAUCAGCAGCAGCGGGCAAGGAGCAGAAUCAUAACCACAACCAUGAGCAAGAUCCAGCAAAUAAUGCACAGAAAGAACAACAAACGCCAACCACGCCCAUAUCGCCAAACUCAUUUCAAACGCCCAAAAGGCCGACGGUACCAGCGCCUCCGCCGCCAAUGUCUCUACGAAAGCAGGUCGAUUAGAUAGUUUGUGGGAGUAAACACAAGAAGAGAGUCCUUAGGGUUCGCUACGAUGGCGCUUUUUUAGUUAAUCGUAAGACUUGAACGCACAGUAAUUUAGUUAAACAAAGCUUUUUAAUAAGUUGCUGGCGGCAUCGUGGAUGUAUAUAUGUUAUCAUAUAUAUAAUACCACUUUAUGCUUUAAGGAGAGCAAGCAACUUAAUUCUGUAUUCUGCAUUUGUAUUCUUUGCAUUGUGCAUUCGCAAUUUGAACUGUAUGUGUUUUAAGCCAUAUGUUAAAACGAUAUCCAUAUACGAUAUACAUUUAUCUAUAAACCUAUUAUAUACAAACAAUAUAUAUAUAUAUACAUACAUAUGUAGUCUGUAGUAGGCAUCCAUGAUUAACUCAAUUGUCGAAAUUUGAUUAGCUGCCCAGCGAAUGUUUUUUUUUAAAUUACUAUGUUAAUAUCCUUAUUUGAAGGUUGUGAUAGACAGGAAGAGAAAGGUUUGUGUUUCCUUAAUUUUGCGUUGCUCUGUUGCUCCCCAUUUUUCUGAAAGACAAUUUCUAUUGUGAUUCUUUAAUUUAAUUAAUGCGAUUUGAAAAUUGUUAAAAAUUUGUUGCGCUUUGUACUUUGUUUAUUUUGGGCUAUAUAGAAAAAUUACCAUGCAACCACUGUGUAUUCCUUUAUUCGUAUUUUAUUUUGUAUGCGAAAGCGAUGAGAAGAUACGCUUAAGCGUUAUUUUACGUUAUGUACAUAUCUCUUUAAACGAAGUCCUAUCAAUUCUUAUUUUGAUGUAUUCUGUAUUUUUGCUUUAUUAAUUUGUAUUGAAAUUAUUAUGAUUUUUAUCUAUAAUAAAAACAAUGUAUGAAGA